UUUCACCUGGCUUUGCAGCCAAGUCCACACCAGCCUGGCAACCCACUUCCGUGGUCAAAUUGUUGCAGACUUUGACAAGGAAUUCCGGUACUUGUAUGCCGAAUCCAAAGCCAUGACUAACUUCUGUGUGCCAGAUCCUGGAGGACAGCCCUCUUCUCAGAAUACCUCGAUGGAUGGUGAAUUCCUUCUGAAAGCUGCCCAGGCAAACGACACUGAAACCUCCAGCCCCUCAAGCAGCCUCUCAAAUACAAGCAUCAGAAGCAUAAAAAUGUCUCCCUUUCUGAAAAACUCCACCUGCAACAUACAGCAUGAAAGACAAGAUUUGAGCCCUGAUCAUGCUAGUACAAAGGGCAAGGAAGACACAUCUCCAAAGCCUCCUUGCUCUAAGCAACAAGGGGAACCACCAGACUCCCCUCACAGUCUUCCAAAUAAAUCAACCCCAGCUGGGCAGCACAAAUCAACUCUCUACUCCCUGCCAAGACAGGAGCAGAAUUUGCAGUCCCCUUCAGAGAGUGCCAAUAGCAAUGGCACAAGUGAGAACCAGAAAGGGCUCACUGUUACCUCCAGGGACCUGACGGCAGGCAGUGACAACAAUGUUUUCGGGAUGGAGAAAAGACAGAGUCCUGCACAAGGGAAAUUGGACCUGCUAUCUCCAUACAACCAGCUAAAACGAGAGAAGAAAGGUGUGAUUCCUUGCUAUGACAAGCUCAGCGAGGAAAUGCUGAUGGAAAAGAACAGUGUGUAUGGGGCUGAGAAGAGAAUGACUCUUGGGCAUAGUAAGCUAGAUUUGAUCACCAAAUACAACAAGUUAAAAUCUAAGCACAUACACAGUCGCUUCGAACUCUGAUGUGGUUCUCAUGGGCCUUGAGAUGUCCUUUCAUCUUGCUUACUCAUGGUUGUUUUUCCCUACCAAUCAUCAUACCUGGUGCUUGAA